UAUCCAACUCGUCCUUCACAGCAAGGUCAAGAAUUCGUUAAAAGCAGCCGAAGAAUUGGAGAAUGCUCGCUUGACUGCAUCGCAACUAUAUACUUAUAGAAUGGCUGCUAAAGUACCACAGUCAGAUCAUGACAAGCGAAAACAGAUUAGUAUUCGGGGUAUUGCACCUGUUGAAAAUGUAGCAAAUGUGAAACAAACUUUCAACCGGCAUCUGCAUUAUACGCUUGUCAAAGAUAGAAAUGUUGCUACUCCUCGAGAUUACUUUUUUGCACUAGCUUACACAGUGAAAGAUCAUUUGGUUAGCCGAUGGAUCAGAACACAGCAGUAUUACUAUGAAAAGGAUCCAAAGCGUAUAUACUACCUGUCCAUGGAGUUUUAUAUGGGACGAACAUUGUCCAACACCAUGAUAAACCUAGGUAUUCAAAGCUCCUGUGAUGAGGCUAUGUAUCAGUUGGGUCUUGACAUUGAAGAACUGGAAGAGAUUGAGGAGGAUGCUGGUCUUGGAAAUGGUGGUCUUGGUCGACUAGCAGCUUGCUUUCUUGAUUCCAUGGCAACACUGGGUUUGGCUGCAUAUGGUUAUGGAUUGCGUUAUGACUAUGGCAUUUUCACGCAGAAGAUUUCCAAUGGCUGGCAGAUGGAGGAACCAGACGAUUGGCUGCGUUAUGGUAAUCCGUGGGAAAAAGCACGCCCAGAAUAUAUGAUACCAAUUAACUUUUUUGGACGAGUGGAGCAAACUGACAAAGGAAUGUCUUGGGUUGACACACAGGUGGUGUAUGCCAUGCCUUUCGAUAAUCCUGUGCCAGGAUAUGGAAACAACACAGUGAACACCUUGCGACUGUGGUCAGCAAAAGCUCCAAUCAGCUUCAAUCUGCAGUUCUUCAACAGUGGUGAUUACAUUCAGGCUGUAUGUGACCGUAAUCUGGCUGAGAACAUCUCACGGGUCUUGUAUCCGAAUGAUAAUAUAUUUGAGGGAAAGGAAUUGCGUUUAAAACAGGAAUAUUUCCUUGUGGCAGCCACUCUACAAGACAUCAUCCGUAGAUACAAGUCAUCCAAGUUUGGAUGUCGUGAAGCCGUUAGAAAAUCAUUUGAUAGCUUUCCAGACAAGGUUGCGAUCCAACUGAAUGACACCCAUCCAUCACUUGCUAUCCCUGAACUCAUGAGAAUAUUUGUGGACAUUGAGGGAAUUCCUUGGAAGAAGGCAUUUGAUAUUACAGUUAGGACAUGUGCAUACACUAACCACACUGUUCUGCCAGAAGCCCUUGAGAGGUGGCCAUGUUCUUUGUUAGAGAGAGUGUUGCCAAGACAUUUGCAGAUCAUCUAUGAAAUAAAUUACCUGUUUUUGGAGGAAGUUAAGAAAAAGUGGCCAAAUGACAUGGCCCGACUUGGCCGAAUGUCUAUGGUAGAAGAGAUGGGAGAGAAAAGAAUCAACAUGGCACAUUUAGCUAUAGUUGGCUCUCAUGCUGUCAAUGGUGUGGCUGCAAUCCAUUCAGAGAUUAUUAGAACUGAGACCUUCAAGGACUUUCAUGAAAUGUUUCCUGGCAAAUUUCAAAACAAGACCAAUGGAAUCACUCCACGGCGGUGGCUUCUGAUGUGUAAUCCUGGUUUAGCUGAUGUCAUUGCUGAGAAAAUUGGAGAAGAUUGGGUGAUCAAUCUCAGCGAAAUGCAAAAACUUAAGAAAUUUGCCACUGAAAAAGCAUUCUUGGAUCAGCUUGGUCGUGUUAAGGAUGAGAACAAACAGAAACUGUGUGCUUACAUCGAAAAGCAUUACCACAUAAAAGUGAAUGCCUCGUCCAUCUUUGACAUGCAAGUAAAGAGGAUCCAUGAGUACAAACGUCAGCUUCUCAAUGUGAUGCAUGUGAUCACCAUUUACAACCGACUGAAGAAAAAUCCAAACAUGAAAUUUGUACCAAGGACUGUUUUGAUUGGAGGCAAGGCUGCUCCAGGCUACCACAUGGCUAAGCUGAUAAUCAAGCUGAUCAACAGUGUUGGCGAUGUGAUCAACAAUGAUCCAAUAGUGGGCGACCGCCUCAAGCUCAUCUUUCUGGAGAACUACCGAGUCUCGAUGGCUGAGAAGAUCAUCCCAGCAGCAGACCUCAGUGAGCAGAUCUCUUUGGCUGGAACUGAAGCAUCGGGCACUGGAAACAUGAAGUUCAUGGCCAAUGGUGCACUGACAAUUGGCACUCUGGAUGGUGCCAAUGUUGAGAUGAUGGAAGAAAUGGGACGUGAAAACAUCUUCAUUUUUGGAAUGACUGUUGAUGAUGUAAAUGCACUCAACAAAAGAGGCUACAAUCCCAGAGAGUACUAUGAGAAGAAUGCUGAACUGAAGCAGGUUCUCGACCAGAUCAACACUGGAUACUUCUCUCCAGGGGAACCACACCUUUUCCACGACAUCUUUAACAGCCUAGUUAAUGAUGACAGGUUCCGUCUUCUAGCAGACUACAGUACCUACAUGAAAUGUCAAGAGCAAGUUAAUGCAGUGUACAUGAACCGAAUGGAAUGGCUGAAGAAAUGUGCAUUCAAUAUUGCCACCUGUGGAAAAUUUUCCAGUGAUCGAACCAUCUGCGACUAUGCUAAAGAUAUCUGGAACGUAAAGCCAAAUGAAAACAAACUGCCAGCUCCACAUGAACAACUCUAACCACGACGUAGUGAACUAGCCUGGACUAAAGAAACAUUUUCCUGUAUGACUGUUGAUAAUAAUUACCCUGCUUUUGUGUAUUUAUAUAUAUGGCUGAUGAGGAAUCUGCAGUAAGAUUUGUAGAAGCAUUACGAAGGUUCAGUGACGCUAUACUUGAAUAUUGCUACCAUUUAGCAACUAGUUGAAUAUUGCUACCAAUUGACAAUUGUAGUUGAACAUUGCUACCUAAUGACAAUUGUAGUUGAAUAUCACUACCAUUUCACAGUUGUAGUUGAUUAUUACUACCAGUUAGACAGUUGUAGGUGAAUAUUAUUGACAGUUGUAGUUGAAUAUUACUACCAUUUAACAGUUGUAGUUGAAAAUGGCUACCAUUUGAAAAUUGUAGUUGAAUAUUACUACCAUUUACCAGUUGUAGUUGAAUAUUGAUGCCAUUCAACAGUUGUAGAUGAAUAUUACUAGCAUUCAACAAUAGUAGUUGAAUAGUACUGCCAUUCGACAAGUGUAGUUUAAUAUUACUAGCAUUCAAUAAUAGUAGUGGAAUAUUACUGCCAUUUAACAAUUACUAGCAUUUGAGAAUUGUGGCUGACUAUGACUACUUUUCAACAUCAAUAGUUGAUUAUUGAUAACUAGUCUGCUAAAUGAGGGUGAAUAAAAAUAAUGUUUUCCGAUAUCCUCUCAGACUAAACAGAAAACAGCUUUAGUAAAUAUGAAUUUAUUCUUUUGUAAUGAGUAGUGGCAUAAAAUAUUUGAAAAAUCUUCAUCAGUUGUAAGCAAUUCUCAAGCGAAUGUUCCAAAUUAGAACUGCACAAAUAUAUGGUAAAUUGUUAUUUAUCAGAUUUCAGAGGCACAUAAAAACUUAAAACAGUGUUUUUUGUACUCCGCUGAAAACUUUCAGAUCUGUCAAAUAUAUAUACGUUUGUUAAUUUUCCCAUUAAGAGAACAUCAUCUUUAGUGAGAAUAAUAUAGCAGAGCUUUAGAUAAAGGAUUAUAGCACACAUGAUGUACAAUAUAAUGCAUCAGUUUAAAUACAAUCUAUGUCAGUGGAUGUUAUAGAUCUUACCAACCACAGUAAUUCGUUUGUAAUAUUUACACUAAAUAUCCACGUCUUCUUCAGGGAAUUAAUAUAUGAACUGCUUAAAAAAAGGAACGAGUUGCCUUUUCAGAAUAAUUAUCAAUUUUGUCAUUUAUAUCCAGAAGAUACGAUAGCUUUAAACAUGUGCUGACUUUUUUAAAGGGUGGAAGACUGUCAAAUACAGUGAUUGCCAAAGUUAACAAUCUAACCAUGGCUAGCUUUAACAUGCCGAACCAUAUCUGUUGCAUUAUGUGAUGUUCAUUUGUUAGUUAUUUUAACUCUUUAGAGUUGAAGGUUUUUGUUUAUAGUUGAUUUGAGAUGCAGAGUAUGCAUAAUUUAAACUGGAUAAAAUAAACUGUUAGGACUUAGUUUAUUUUUAGCUAAAUAGAAUGAAACUAAAUAACAGGUCUGUAGUUGGCAGAUUUCAUUAUGAAAUGUUUGCUAAAUUGAGUAACAGCUUAAACCUUGCCCAGAGAAUUAUAUGUAGUAUUUUUUGUAACAAAACUUACAUUAGACUGUACAUUAUGUUAUGUUAGAGUAGUUUAUUAGCUAAAUCUAAGUGAAUUAAAUUAACGGUAGGGUCACAUAAAUUAAUUUUUAAGUGACAGGUAGCUUUAACAGUUGGAAGCCUGGACUAAGUUAAGCCAGACUGAGCAGAAAAAAAAGUCUGUUAGACUGAUUAACUUCACGUUAAACUAAAUUACCACUUUGGGAACCAGUCAAAAUUGUUCACAAAUGUUAGAGAAAAACAGCUAGCUGAACUUAGGGUUGUGUUGCUUUUUUUAUGUAAACUAUAUUUUGUGCUAGUAGUCUGAAGAAAACCACCUAAUUGUUAGUUUUAUUGAUUUCAGUGUGCAUUGACUUUUCCAGGGACAGCAUUAUGUAAAAAAAAUAGUGGUUCGGCUCGAGAUUGCCAGACUCUCCUUUCAAAUUCACGUGUGAAGGAAAUUUUCACAGAUACAACAAAUAUAACGCACAAAAAAAAAAGUGGCCGUACCUCUUUAAAGUGGUACGGCCAUGGCCGUACUGUCUGUGCCGCCCCUGCUUUUGCAGUGCUUGUAUAACAUAGUGGUGACAACACUGGAAUCCAGCGAAAUGAUCACAUGUAUUUAUUCCCAGCUGUUCACUUGCACAUAAUAAUGGUUCAUGUACAAUCAGACCUUGUUUCAACAAUCAAAGUUGUCAUUAUUUUUAGUUUUCUGCUUUAACAAAAUACACAGUUAUCUCCCUUGCAAUUAUCGAGAAUGCAGAUACUUAUUUGGGUAUGAAGCUAUCAAAUGGUUAUAUCAUCAGCUGCUAGAUUGAUUAAUAAAUGGUAAUUGCAGUUGAUUGAAUAAUGUGUUAUAGCAUAUUUGAUUCCAGUUACUGUGUUGGGAGGUAUCGGUUCCAACUUAAACAGCUGAUUAAUUGAUAUGUUUGUUCUCAACAGUUUUGGAGUGUUAAAUAGAUCUGCUUGAAUUUUUCGUACUGUAAUCAAUUUUAUUUCAUUGUUUUGUUUCUCAUUUGUAGAUGUCAUUACUUGUUCUUAAAAGCUUUAAUUCAAUAAAGCAUCUUGCUAAGUGAUUUUUUUUCUCAAUUUAUUUGAAAUAAAAUAGGUUUUCCAAACUGAUAUUAAGGGUAAAUUAUUUUUGGUGUUUCUUUUAGUUAGACCAACAUUGCAAUAGUAAAUUAUUAUUUUUAUUUUUUUUAAACAUUUACGCUUUAUGUUGGUCCACAUAAUUUUUAUUUGAAAAAAAGAUGACAUCUGUAUUUGUACAGCUGUGCUGCUAAUGACGGCAUUCUGUAUUUAAAUGUCUGUCAUUAUUAUAUGUGAAAAUUAUCUUUAACUGCAUAUUUAUACAUUUAAUUUAGCAUAUUAAUUUGUUUUAAUUGUAACAAUUCAAAUUGUCAUAAUGAUAAGUUUUGACUAAAAAUAACUCCUUUUAUUAAUAGCAGGACAAUAUAAUUUUGUUGAGUCUUCAUCUGCAAUCAGUAUUUAUUAUUAGCAGUAAUUCCUCUUCAACAUUUUUUCAUCUUUUUUAGGUAAAAUAGUGCUUUUGGUGAUUUUCAGUGAUCUGUUGCUCAUAUAUAGUGCUAGACAACUCUCGGGCUUUGCUCAUCAUUUUCAAUAAACUGAACAAACGUACUUGCUACAUUAUCACUUUCUAUUCUUGUUUGUUUUAAAUAUUUGUUUUUGGAUUGUUUGGAUCUUUUGGUUUUACUUUGAGAUAUAGAACUACAUGUAUUUGUAAUUGCACUAUUCUGUAUCUUUGCCUCCAGUGAUCAAUAUUUGUAAUGCGAGGUCAUGUUCUUUCAUAGUUUGACCUAAAAAACACUACCAAACACUUAAAAUAACAAACUAGUGUUUAUAUACGGUUCCUUAUCUUUAAAAAAACAAAACAUGCAACCAGUUAGAUUAUGGCCUUUGUACUUACAGAAAAUUCUAAGUUGACUACUAUUUAGGUAUUUAUUGUAAGUUGGUAGUAUACAUGCUUAGAAUACUAGUAUAUUAAGUAGAACAGUUAUUUUCUCCAGCAUAAUAUAAGCAAAUGUUUUUUUUUUUUUUUUUUAAUUUUGAUCAACUUGUUGUUAACCCAUUUUGUUAUAUUCAGCACCUGAAUGUGAACAUGUACCAUACCGUAGAUGAAAUUUCCCAAAUUCUUAUAUUGAUUUAACACGAGCUGCAGUGUUGCAAGGCAGAGUUUGCAAUGUUUUGUUGUUGAAGAAUUUGGGCCUUUAUUUUACUUCUCUUUUUUAAAUGUUAAAUAAAUGUUAAAAGCUU